AUGGAGACUGAAAGUGAGCAGAAUUCCAGCUCCACCAGCGGGAGCUCCAGUUCUGGAGGGAGCACCCGUCCUCAGAUAUCGCAGAUGUCUCUCUAUGAGCGACAGGCUGUACAGGCCCUGCAGGCACUCCAGAGGCAGCCCAAUGCAGCCCAGUACUUCCACCAGUUUAUGCUCCAGCAGCAGCUUAACAGUGCUCAGCUUCACAGCCUGGCUGCUGUCCAGCAGGCUACAAUUGCAGCCAGUAGACAGGCCAGCUCCCCCAACACCAGCACCCCGCAACAGACCACCACCACUCAGGCCUCUAUCAACCUAGCCACCACAUCAGCUGCUCAGCUGAUCAGUCGAUCACAGAGUGUGAGUUCCCCCAGCGCCACAACCCUGACGCAGUCUGUGCUCCUUGGGAAUGCCACCUCACCUCCCCUCAACCAGUCACAGGCCCAGAUGUAUCUCCGGCCACAGCUGGGCAACCUGUUGCAGGUAAACCGGACCUUGGGCCGCAAUGUGCCUCUUGCCUCUCAACUCAUCCUGAUGCCCAACGGGGCUGUGGCCGCUGUCCAGCAGGAGGUACCACCCACUCAGUCUCCUGGGGUCCAUGCAGACACAGAGCAGGUGCAGAACUUGGCGGUGAGGAGCCAACAGACCUCAGCCACUAAUACCCAGCUCCAAGGCUCUGUUCAGAAGGCAGCUCUGCCCGGCAGCUCCCAGGCUUCAGGCUUGCCACAGUCCACCAGCACAGGCCAGACCUUGGCAGUGGCUCAGGCCUCUUCUGUCAGUGCGGGCCAGUCCCUCAAUUUGAGUCAGGGAGCAGCAGGCAACAAUGGUGUUUCUGGGGGUGUGGUGGCAAGUGGUGGGAGCCAGACUUCAACGGGAUUGACCCAGACCUCUUCGGCAGGUGCUCCUGGCAGCUGCCAAAGGAAAGGCACAGGGGUGGUUCAGCCAUUACCAAUAGCAGCUGCCCAGGCUGUGACUGUUAGCCAGGGAAGCCAGACUGAGACAGAGAAUGCAGCCACAAAGAAGGGUGAAACGGACAGUGGUGGACAGCAAACAGUAGGCAUGAACCUGACCAGGACCGCAACGCCAGCACCCAGCCAGACGUUGAUCAGCUCAGCUACAUAUACACAGAUCCAGCCACACUCGUUGAUCCAGCAGCAGCAGCAGAUCCACUUGCAGAAGCAGGUAGUGAUCCAGCAGCAGAUCGCCAUUCAUCACCAGCAGCAGUUUCAGCACCGCCAGUCCCAGCUCCUCCACACAGCCACCCAUCUUCAGUUGGCCCAGCAGCAACAGCAGCAAGCACCAUCUCUGACACAACAUCAGCAGCAAGCUCAAGCUCCACAGCAGCAAGCUUCACCUCAAAACCAGCAGCAGGCUCAGACCCUUGUGGUGCAACCUAUGUUGCAGUCCCAGCCUGUGCAGCUCCAGCAGGACAGUCCUUGCCAGCCAGCCACCAAGUCACCAGUUCCAAUUCAGUCAAAAUCUCUGGUCACUGCUAUCAAACCACCUCAGCUUGGGCCUGCCAAAAUGUCAGCAACACAGCAGCCUCCACCACACAUCCCAGUACAGGUGGUGGGUACUCGGCAGCAGGGCUCAGGCCAAGCCCAAGCACUGGGUUUGGCACAGAUUGCUGCAGCCGUGCCGACGUCCCGGGGAAUGCCAGCUGUGGUCCAACCUGUUUCCCAAGCUCAUGCUGCUUCCCCCUCAUCAUCUUCAGCCCCAGCUUCCUCACAGGAAGCUCCUUCUCUCACUACAGGGGUGAAUUUGGCACAAGUUCAAGGCACAUCCCACAUGGUGAAGAGCCCAGCCUCUUCUCCAGUUGUGUCUCAGAUGCCAGCAGCAUUCUACAUGCAGUCUGUCCAGUUACCAGGCAAGUCUCAGACCUUAGGGGUAAAACGCAAGGCAGAGUCAGAGGAGGAGAAGGAUGAGUCUCCCAGUGUCACUGCAGUCCUGCCUGCCAGGUCUUCUCCUCUAACAGACAGCCCCAAAAACAUGGAGGAUAAGAGCGGCCUUGGAGAUAAAUCUGAUCCUGCUGCUAUUGCAACCCCAAAUACCACCUCAAGUGAAGGAGCAUCAGUCACCCCUACCUGUACUCCCACUCCAAACCUGGCAAUAGUGUCACGUCAGAUGGGAGAUUCCAAACCCCCGCAAGCCAUUGUGAAGCCCCAGAUCCUCACACACAUCAUUGAAGGCUUCGUCAUCCAGGAAGGAGCAGAGCCUUUUCCAGUGGGUUGCUCCCAGUUGCUGAAAGAAUCUGAGAAACCACUGCAGGGAGAAGCUCUUUCAGGCCAGAGUGAAAACCUUUCCAGCAAUUCUCCAGGAGGAGACAGUGCUUCCAUGGAGCUUGAUAAGAAGGCAAACUUGUUGAAGUGUGAAUACUGUGGGAAGUAUGCCCCAGCAACCCAGUUCCGUGGCUCCAAGAGGUUUUGUUCCAUGACCUGUUCUAAAAGGUACAAUGUCAGCUGUAGCCAUCAGUUUCGGCUGCAGAGAAAGAAGAUGAAGGAAUUCCAGGAAGCUAACUAUGCUCGUGUGCGCCGGCGGGGAUCACGACGCAGCAGCUCAGAAAUGGCACGAACAAAGAUGCAGGGCAAGCGCCACAGGGGCCAGGAAGACUCAAGUCGAGGCUCUGAUAACUCCAGCUAUGAUGAAGCUUUGUCCCCUACAUCUCCAGGACCCUUGUCAGUAAGGGCUGGGCAUGGAGAGAGGGACCUGGCAAACUCUAGUAUGGCUCCACCUACCCCAGAUCUACAUGGCAUCAACCCAGUCUUCCUGUCCAGUAAUCCUAGUCGUUGGAGUGUGGAGGAAGUGUAUGAGUUUAUUGCAUCGCUGCAAGGGUGCCAGGAGAUUGCUGAGGAGUUUCGUUCACAGGAAAUCGAUGGCCAGGCCCUGUUGCUUCUGAAGGAAGAACACCUCAUGAGUGCCAUGAACAUCAAGCUGGGACCAGCUCUUAAGAUCUGUGCCAAGAUCAAUGUCCUCAAAGAGACUUAA